GGGGGAGGGGGAGGGGCCACUCGGCGCCGCUGUGAAGCUAGAGUGGAGCGCCGAGGGCCGGGGCGGCGGGUAACCGCCUCGGGAGAUGUGGGGCUGGCGCUGACAGGGAAGAGCGGGCACCGCAGCGGCGGCUCGAGAGGACCCACGAUGGCAGCUCCCCGGGAGGACGCGCCAGGCAGGACGGGCUGCGCUGGCAGUGGCCACUGAGGUGUUGGACGGUCGGCGGGUUGACGACUUGGGCUGAAGAAGAGAGUGGAGCGCUGGGUGUCCGCACACCGGCGUCCUCUCCUCAGUUGUCUCAACUUCGGGCUCCUUUUCACCCGCCCUCCCCACCCGCAGUCAACAACUUCUUCACCCACCUCCGCCCUCGCCCUUCCCUCCGUCAGCCCCCGAAGCUGACCGCGCGGCGGGGACCAGGAACCCCCGGGACUGAGAUGUGGCCGUGAGACGUUGGCGGGCGGCGAGGAGAAGCUCGGCGGCGCCCGGAGCGGGAGGGCGGUGUGGCUGGGGGGACGGGCCUGAGGGGCGCGAGGUGUCCGCGCCUCUCCCCCGCCGCCGCCUCCUGCCGUCACGGUGGCUGCCCGUUCCGUGCAGCAGCAGCCGGAGCUGCCAAGCGCCUGGGCCGCGGAGAUGUCGUCGUCGCCGCCGCCGCCGGUGGGGACUGCCGGCGCCGCCAUCUCGGCCUCAGAGAAAGUGGACGGCUUCACCCGGAAAUCGGUGCGCAAGGCGCAGAGGCAGAAGCGCUCGCAGGGCUCGUCGCAGUUCCGCAGCCAGGGCAGCCAAGCGGAGCUGCACCCCUUGCCCCAGCUCAAAGAUGCCACUUCAAAUGAGCAACAAGAACUUUUCUGUCAGAAGUUGAAGCAGUGUUGCAUACUGUUUGAUUUCAUGGACUCUGUUUCAGACUUGAAGAGCAAAGAAAUUAAAAGAGCAACACUGAAUGAACUGGUUGAGUAUGUUUCAACUAAUCGUGGUGUAAUUGUUGAAUCAGCGUAUUCUGAUAUAGUAAAAAUGAUCAGUGCUAACAUCUUCCGUACUCUUCCUCCAAGUGAUAAUCCAGAUUUUGAUCCAGAAGAGGAUGAACCCACACUUGAGGCCUCUUGGCCUCACAUACAAUUGGUGUAUGAAUUCUUCUUGAGAUUUUUGGAAAGCCCUGAUUUCCAGCCUAGCAUUGCAAAGCGAUACAUUGAUCAGAAAUUUGUACAACAGCUCCUGGAGCUUUUUGAUAGUGAAGAUCCCAGAGAACGUGACUUCCUGAAGACUGUUCUGCAUCGAAUUUAUGGGAAAUUUCUCGGAUUAAGGGCAUUCAUCAGAAAACAAAUUAACAACAUUUUUCUCAGGUUUAUAUAUGAGACAGAACAUUUCAAUGGUGUUGCUGAACUCCUUGAAAUUCUAGGAAGUAUUAUCAAUGGCUUUGCGUUACCACUGAAAGCAGAACAUAAACAGUUUCUAAUGAAGGUUCUUAUUCCUAUGCAUACUGCAAAAGGAUUAGCUUUGUUUCAUGCUCAGCUAGCUUACUGUGUUGUACAGUUCCUGGAGAAAGAUACGACACUAACAGAACCAGUGAUCAGAGGAUUGCUGAAAUUUUGGCCAAAAACAUGCAGUCAGAAAGAGGUGAUGUUUUUAGGAGAAAUUGAAGAAAUCUUAGAUGUCAUUGAACCAACACAGUUCAAAAAAAUUGAAGAGCCACUUUUUAAACAGAUAUCCAAGUGUGUAUCCAGUUCUCAUUUUCAGGUUGCAGAAAGGGCAUUGUACUUCUGGAAUAAUGAAUAUAUUCUUAGUCUGAUUGAGGAGAAUAUUGAUAAAAUUCUGCCAAUUAUGUUUGGCAGUUUGUACAAAAUCUCCAAAGAACACUGGAAUCCGACCAUUGUGGCACUGGUAUACAAUGUGCUGAAAACCCUAAUGGAAAUGAAUGGCAAGCUUUUUGAUGACCUUACUAGCUCAUACAAAGCUGAAAGACAAAGAGAGAAAAAGAAGGAAUUGGAACGUGAAGAAUUAUGGAAAAAAUUAGAGGAACUGAAACUCAAGAAAGCUCUAGAAAAGCAGAACAGUCCUUACAAUAUGCACAGUAUUCUCAGCAAUACAAGUACCGAAUAAAAAAGAAAAAAAAAAAAGCCUACCCCAUCUGCUGGAUAGGCACAGUUUUGUACACUUUUUUGAAAUAUGUAAAUUGCAAAACCUCAUCAAUGUAAUAUAAUUAAAAGCCCCCCACCCCCAGCAACUGUAAAUGAAAAAAUAUAUGGACUAAACAGCCCUAUGUUAUAUUAUGGCCACAGGACAUUGUAACCUUUGUCUAAUCAUUGUAUCGUGUCACUUCUGAAGUUUCACAAAAAAAUGAGUUUUAUGAGUGAGAUAAUUAUGGGAGUGGUGAGAAUUAUGACUUGAAUUCUUUUUUUGAUUGUGUUGCACAUAGACAUAGUACUCUGCUCUGUACAUUUUUUCCCUUUUAUAAUGUGCUUUUCACAAUGCUGCAGACCUUAGUUACAUUCUAGGAGAAAGAGUAUUUCCUAAAAUAAAACUAAGGUAUAAUCCUUACCCCUCCCUUUGUCUCUCUCAGAAAUAUGAUGGGAGGAUUUACUUGCCCUCAGCCCUCCCUCAAUAAAGAUAUUACUGUACUCUGGAAUUUGAGAAAAAAACUUAAAUCUCCAGGCUUUUUAAAGCACAAAAUAUAAAUAAAAGCUGGGAAAGUAAACCAAAAUUCUUCAGAUUGUUUCUCAAGAAUAUCCCCCUUCGUGUACAACUCCCAACAAUGAAUACAGAUUAGCAGACGUUAGUUCAGGUGAACAAAGACACAGCUUGACUCUUAAUUCAUUCCUCCUCUUCCUCUAUCAAAGACUGAAGGCAGGGCCUUUCCAGUCCUCACAAUCUGCCCUUCCCCUCAUCCCUCCUGACUCCAUGAUGGCGGUUUUGAGUCCCACAGUGUGGUGAUGCAGCACACUAGCUGUCACUGCCUGGCUUUAUUUAAAGGAACUGUAGUCGUUCCUCUUGUAGAGUUCUAAAAAAGUGGACUAUAGAGGUCUUGUAUGUUUUUACUUAGUCAAGUAUUUCUCACAUCUUUUGUUAUCAGAGUACCAUUCCAAUCUCAACUUGCAGUUGUGUGGAAAACUGUUUUGUAAUGAAAGAUCUUCAUCGGGGGAUUGAGCAGCAUUUAAUAAAAUCUAUGUUUGUAUUUUG